AUUAGCGUAUUUCGUAUAAAUAUGGCGUGCACAAUAACUUAACUUCUUGUAAGAAAAUGACAUGUGCCACUAUUAUUCGAUUGAUGAACAAAGGAAAUUAAAAAAAAAAAAUAUUAAGUGUAAAAACGUUAAAAAAAAAUUAAUAAUAAAUUUGAGAAUUAUCUCUUAUAACAUUUAUUAUAAUGGUACUUUUAACACAGAUUUUAGAUUAUGCCAAAAAGCUACCCAGAAAAUAUCUACGCUCGACAUUCCUCGACACAUUACAUCUUCAUGUCAGAGGAGGCACGGGAGGAGCUGGCUUACCUCGUUAUGGUGGAAUCGGAGGUGCAGGAGGUAAUGUGUAUGUGAUUGCAAAAGAUGGACUGACCUUGGAGAAUGUUGUCAAAAGCUUGAAGACCAAACGGAUUAAGGCGGAUUCAGGAAGUGACAGUAUGGCCAAAGGAAUUAUAGGUGUACCUGGUCAAGAUAAAAUUAUUUCAGUCCCACGUGGCAUCAUGAUAUAUAACCAGAAUGGAGUAUUGUUAGGAGAGUUAAACAAAGAAGAUACAAAAUUAUUGGUAGCAAAAGGUGGAAUGGGUGGAUGUGAGGAAACAGGUUAUUGUGGAUUAAAAGGAGAAUCUCAGAUGAUAAAGCUGGACUUGAAACUAAUUGCUGAUGUUGGACUAGUCGGCUUUCCCAAUGCCGGCAAGAGCACAUUCUUGGCGGCGGUUUCAAAAGCUAAACCUAAAAUUGCUAGUUAUCCCUUUACUACUAUAAGGCCCAGAUUGGGGACCAUGGCAUAUAAAGAUGAGAGGAAAAUCACUGUUGCAGACUUACCAGGUCUGAUCGAGGGUGCACAUAUGAAUAUUGGAAUGGGUCAUAAAUUCUUGAAGCACAUUGAAAGAACAAAGCUGCUCCUGUUCAUUGUAGACAUACAAGGUUUUCAAUUGUCACUCAAGCAUAUGCGUAGAUCCUGUUUAGAAACUGUGGUCUUACUAAACAAAGAGAUCGAACUUUACAAACCAGACCUAUUAAAAAUGCCAACCAUGAUUAUAAUCAAUAAAAUGGACACUGACAAUGCUGAUAAUAUCCUCAAAGAAGUUAAGCCAGCAUUAUAUGAUUUAUCUAACUAUGUGGUUACAUGUCCAGAAGAAAUGCGGCCUGAGCAAAUUAUACAUAUUGACGAUAUUUUACCCGUGUCUUUAAUUUCGAAAAAUAAAAAACAAAUAGAAGAAAUUAAAGAGAGGAUACGAAAUAUUUUAGAUAAAUAUGAAGAACGAAAACACAUCACUGAGUAUGAUUCUUUAGACUUUCAACUGAUGCAGCGGCUAAAGCGGCAAAGCGAACAACAUACAUCGACUGUUGUAUAGAUUUAUAUAACAUAAGAAAAUAAAUGUUUUGUAAAAUAAUUAAA